UAUCUGUUUCGCUCUUCCUCGCCCAGUGUGCUCUUGCAAGAGCCAGCUUGCAUAACCUUGAAUCCACAUAUUUCUCCUUCUUUUUUGUGUAUGGCUAUAGAUUUUCCUUGUGCACUAUACAUCGCACACGUACCCCCACACACACAUACAUACACAACUAUUAGACGGUUCGGAAUUUGUUUCUCGGUGGCAGGGCGUUGCGAUUGUUUUGUUUUCCGUCUCGUUUUGCGUUCAGUUUUUCGGCUUUUCCUAUGCCCCGAGGCCUUCCUACGUAAGAUUUUUUAAUAAGUUCUUCCGGAACGCAGGCACGCAAGGAACAAAAAAUCCCGCGAGAUUGCCAAAAAAAACCUGAACAGUAGCCACCGUGUAUGGUGGGGUGAACGGGUAAGUGACGCGUGUUGGUUUUUAGAAGUUAGAAUCAUCUCCCAAACUCGUGAUAAUUAAUUUGCGAAAGUUGUUAAAAGGACAUGAAAUAGAUGCAGCAAAGAAGAAGACAAAAAAACGAGUAUUAGGUGCGAAUCAUUUCUUUUCGGUGCUGUUAUUUCGUUGGAGGUCGUAAGUGGUUAAAAGAAUACACAUGGUUUAACAGUUCUCAACGUCAACGUUUUGUGAAUGUGUGUGAGUGUGUGUAGUUGUGUAUUUUUAUCGUGGUCCCCCCCAAUGAUUCCGUGAGAAGGCUGCUGCUACAUGCAUGCGGACAUACGAAACCCCCGCUCGCUAUCAAAUACAACAACAAAAAAAAACAUACCGAUCGGUACAGCAGGGACUGAUGAAAACCCCUGUACCUGUGCUUAGUGUGCGCGCAACCCAAUAGGCCCGCAAAGGUGUACCGUGUGAAGUAGUAACAUUUUUCGCUUCAAGCUUCCAGAACAGAAUCCGCACGGUUGUGUCGGAUGACGCACCGCCAGAGCAAACAAUCAGCUGUAGGAAGAAUUCUCUAGUGUCGUACGACAAGGGCAGCUGGAUAAUCGUUUGCCAAAGUGAACGUUUGUGAAACGUGCGGAAGCUAAGAAUGGUUUUCGGUACGAUUUGGUGUCGUACGGAAUCGCUUUGACUGCGCUAAAGCAACUCGGCAGAAAAACACAACACGAACCACCUUGCGCUUGUGUGUGCGUUUAUGUGUAAGUGGGCCCCCUGAUGUCCCGAUGACAACGCAGCAGUAGCAUCUUCUCAUGCAAAGCUUUUUUUUUCACCGGGGUUUUCCAUUCCCAAAGAAACCAGCAGCGAACAAGAUUUGCAUCCAUUUUAGAUCCUUCCGCUUUUCACGGAAAAAUCACGCAUCGCAUGAAAAAUCACCCUAUUGUUUCAUUUCUAUACCGAUCGGAGGGUGUGUAUUUGUGUGUGUGCGCGCCGAUUGUCACUUUUGACAGUAGCAGGACAGUCAACAACAUUACCGAAUAUGUAUGUAAAAAAACAUCCAUUACCAAGCGAAGAAAUAGUGUGAGCGAGAGAAAAAAAGAGGAAAAGAGGAGAGGGAGAGAGAGAGAUAGGACGGGGGGUGGAAAAAAUUACACGAUAGAAGAAUUAGAGGAAAAAAUCUGAACUAGUACGAAGCGCUAAACGGCGAAGGCACGAACGAUCGCAGACGCGCCAGGGACACGUCCGCCGUACAAGAACGAAUCCGUCAUAUAAUAAUAGUUUAAACAAUAUAGACACAACCACACACACACAACUAGACGGAGCCAAGAACGUAGUAAAGAGCAGCCCUUUUAGCAGCAGCUGGAAGGUUGCGAGGUUGCUUUCGGGGUGGUUGGCACGACCGUUCAAUCACAAUCCUCCCCAACCCCCACCACCCCCCAUUCCAUCACGAUCGGCGACCUUCACGUGUGUGUGUGUGUGCGGUACUCGAUGCGUAUUGUUGCAAAACCCUGAGCCCUUGCACUUGCCAUCUUGUCCGUUCCCAGCGACGAGCGACGACACACAUCUCGGCCCACCCCAAACCAACAAACCCUUUGCUGAGAUCGGUUUCCCGUCUCUCAUGGAGAGAUUCUCUAAUGCUACAUCAUAAUUGCUGCAUACCGACAUUUCCGAGAUGCGAUACCUAGCAAGGAACGCUGAAGCCUUCGCCUGCUGCUGUUUGCUGCUGCUCCUGCCGCUAGGGGUGCUUGCCGACGCGGAACGAGACGGUGCUGAAACACCGGCGAAGGCACCGAUCCAUCAGCAUCAGCACCAGCCACAAUCAGCCUACCAGCAACCACCGAACAAACACCAUCAACCAACGGUUGCUGGGCCAGCCCACCACCAUCAACCGGCCGGCCACCAGCAUCAUCCGGAUGUACCGCCGGCCGCCCAUUACCAUCAGCAGGUGCCACCGCCCGCACCGCCACCCUCACCCCCACCGGUACCGGAUCGUGCCCUGACCCGGCAGCAACCGUCAUCGCUGGCCACGUCACCCCAGCCAUCCGCCCAGCAAUCGUCCCGGCCGCUCGAAACGCGCAACUCCUAUACCGUGUUGAGCCAAGCCAUGUCCCAGGCAGUGCACCACGAAUUCGAUUUUUUAUUUCUCAUUUCAGGCACGUACGGUAGUGGGGCGAUGGGAGGCGGGGAUGCCUGCACCAUCGACGACAUUGACUGUUUGGCGCAUCACGACCAGCUCGGGAUGGAAGCGAUCCGUUCGCUGCACCGGCAGCUCGAUGAUGACGAUAAUGGGGAUAUCGAUCUAUCGGAAUCUGACGACUUUUUACGUGAAGAACUCAAGUACGACUCGGGGUACGAGAAGCGACACAAGGCAUUCCACUUCAACGACGAUAUGCACAUCUCGGUGAAGGAGCUUUGGGAGGCAUGGUUACGGUCGGAGGUACACAACUGGACGGUGGAUCAAACGACCGAAUGGUUGGCACAGAGCGUCCAGCUACCGCAGUACGUACAUCUGUUCCGUCUGCACAAAGUCACCGGCAAGGUGUUGCCACGGCUCGCCGUCAAUAACAUGCACUACGUGAGCAAUGUGCUCGGCAUUAAGGAUCCGAUCCACAAGCAGAAGAUCGCACUGAAGGCAAUGGAUGCCGUACUGUUUGGGCCGCCACGUGAAACAGGCACCCGGUGGAAAGAUUUACUACUCGUGACGCUGCUCCUGACCGCCAUCAUAGGCAGCUGGUAUGCCUAUCAUCAGAACAAGAGCGCUAAAAUACACAUUCGCCGCAUGGCGAAGGAUGUCGAGGGUUUGCUGAAGGCGGAAGUAGCGCUGAAAGAGAUGCAGAAGGAGCUGGAACAGGCCCGUAUCGAGCAGGAAAAUGUGGGCAAAGAAAAGAUGGACCUCGAACGGCGGCUCCGGGAAGCGCCGACCCUUUCCUCGUCCAGCUCCGAUCUGGAGCUGCAGCAGCUGAAGCAAGAGAUCGAGGUGUUGCGGUCGGAGCUGAACCGGGCGGAGGUGGAGAUACACGAUCACUGCUGGACGCCACCGCAGGGUCUGCAGAGCUGGCUGCAGCUGACGUACGAGCUGGAAAACAAGCAUCACAUCCGCAAACGCAUUAUGGCGGAGAAGCAGCUGGAACAGGCGCGCGAGGCGUGCGAAAAGUUGCGUAAAAAGCGCUCGAGUUUGGUCGGUGCGUUCGUAUCAACGCAUGGCAAAAGCAUUGACGAUGUUGAUCGUAGCAUCGUGGAGGCGCGAAAUGCGCUGAACGAUGUAACGAACGAUCUGCAGGAGCGCAUGCAUCGGUGGAAGCAGAUCGAAACGAUGCUUGGGUUUAGUAUCGUCAACAACAGUGGCAUCGCGCACCUGGAAAAUUUGCUCUACAACCGUAACGGUGUCGCUGGCAAAACUUACCGAUCCCGACUAUCGAGUAGCCAGGACGAUCUGGACGAUGAUUCCGUGCAAGGUAAGCCGAUCAGCUUUGACAAUUUUUCUAUGUUCUCGUCGGAAUAACAACACGCCCCCCCCCCCCGCGCCCUCGGCUUCCUUCCAAACAAAAAAACAAAAAUGUGUCCACAACGCGCACAACAAGAGCAACGCCCGUGUGUGUGGGGGGGUGCGGUAUUUCCGGCUGUGCUGCAUCCCGGAUGUGUUUCGACGUGGGUUGCCGGAAGUUAAUAUCUUUUGUUUUUUUUGUCAUGUGUUUUUUUUUUCCUUAUAUUAAGUGUUAAUGGUACCGCAUUUUAUACAUGGUGGUUUAUUGCAGUGUUGUUGUUUUCCUCUUCUUUUGUUUCGUAUGUGAUUGUUUCUGUGUGUUUCUAAUUGAAAUGCUCCUCAAGUUGCUCUUGUGUUUCAUUAUUUUUUUCUAAAUGUUGUUUCUUUACGUUUUGCAUUAAUGCGUACUGCAAAAAAAAAAACAAACAAAAACCUUAAAUAAUAAUCCUUCCCAUGUUUUCCAUCUUUCGUGUUGCGUCCCGUUUGCGCGUUUUUGUAACUAUCCUUUGCGCUAAGAGCAGAAAGAAAGAAAAGAAAAAGAUUACAUACGUUACAAAACAUACCUGUUAGUAUGCCAUAAUAUGUUGCUGUUUGUGUUGUCAAGAGAAGAAAACAGAGAAGAAAAGAGAAAAAAAAUACGGAAGAAGAAUAAGAAAACACCAUAUUAAUAGAAAUAGCUUAUUUUGAGUAUUUAUAUACACGAUAAAGCAAGCUUGUGUACGCUGUACGACUUAAGUUAUAUGUUUAAUGGAAGUUUAAAAUGCUUACUUGUGUUUUAUUGUUUUUUUUUACUUUACUUUUUUUUUGUUUUCGGGGAUAUUUUGUUUUAACGUUAAGAGCUGGAUGGAUUCUGAAGUCUUUGCGACAGACGCACUGUGAUGUUCCAAGGCCUGGCUAAGUAACGUUAGCGCUAUAAAGUAAAAAGGAUUCGUUAUAGCAAACAGGCACAAAGAAUCAUACUACCCAUCAGUCAUUAAUUUAUGCUCCUCCAUCCUGUUCCUGUAUCCUUCUUUCUGACAAUCUUCGUCUUUUUAUAUGAGCCUUUCUCUCUUUUCUUUCUUAAAGUUGUUUUGCGAUUUUUUUUGUUCAUAUUUUUUUUUCUUUCUAAAUUUUUUGCUUUCGCUUGUUUUGUGAUAUUGCUGUGCUGUUUAUGCUGGUCGUGUUAAAUGGUAUUUGUUUCAACACGAUUGCUUAAUCGUUUUCCGUCCACUGCUUGGGCUACUUAAUUAAUUAAUCUUUUUUUUUAAACAAUCAUGCAAACUUGGAUGCAUCAAAUAAGGGCUUCUCAUUUUUUUUAUUUUGUUUGUUGUAUUAAAAGAAACUACUUUUCCUUUGAAAGUUUUACACUUUUAACAGAAAUUUUUUCCUACUGUUUUGUGUGUUUCUUUUAUUUAUUUUAUUCUCUUUUUUAACUGCUAUCAAUUGUGAAUAUUUUCUUUUAUUCAUAUAAUGAUUCGCGAUGGUUGUUCAAGAAAGUAAGGAUGCGUUGUACUUUAUUACAAUUUAUUAAUUUAUUUAAUCCCUUUCCAAUUACCAUUUUCAAUUAUCUCAUCUAUCACCUCAUAAUGCUGGUUAGUAUUUCGAACGCAAUUGCUCGAUUUGCUCGGGUUUUCGUGUUCGAAAUAUUUUUCCACAUUAUGUUUCACCGUUUUCCUCCUACUUCCUACAAUUUUCCUUUCAUUUUUUCAUGUUUUCCCUAAUUCUGUUUUAUCACAUUUUUCAUUUCCAUCUCAUGAUACAAAAAAGCAUCAAACGAUUUACGAUUACAAUAGUUAAUAUUUCGCUCACGAAACAAUAUAAAAACAAUGCAUAGAACUACUUAAGGAGCGUGCUGUUACAAGAUUUAAAAACAAAAGCAAAAACAACAAAAAAAAACAUAAAAAGCGCAAAAACCGUUCAGGAAUGGGGUACCGAAGAAGGAGAAUGAUCUGUUUUACUCUGUUGCCUUUUAUGAUCAGUCGCUUACACGUUACACGUUUGGUUUAUGUUCUGUUCUCUGUACUUUACCCCUAUCUCUAUCGCCUAGUAACCAUCUGCUCGUUACUGAGUUUUGUCGGUUAAAUUCGCAUAGAAAACCGUAAGCAAGUUAAAUAAUAAAAACAAACAGGCAAACCAACACGGAAUGUUUGUUUAUUUGUUCAUUUUCCCAAACCCCUUCUUGUUUGUUUUCGUACUUCUGUUCUAUACUUUAUUGAUUUUUCCCCUCCCCCUCCCCCCCUCAACUGUGCGUGCGUGUGUGUAUCUCUGUAGGUUGGGAGUCUGUGUUUUGUGUAUAUAUUCUUCGUUUUUACACAGCUUUUUGUUGUUUUUUU